UCAGCAAAUCAACUCUGGUUGCUCGCGUUGCUGACCUCAUUAAAAUUAAGGAUGAAGACAAAAAAAUUGCCGGCUUAAAGAAAAUUGUUGAUUAUUCUAACCGGGGAAUUACUGAUAUUCGUCUGGAAUUUGAUGCCCAACAACAUGAUGGACAAAUAAUCCUCAAUAAAUUAUACAAGAAUACUCAAUUACAAAUUAGUUUUGCCGUUAAAAUGCGGGCCUUG